AUGCGGCACCCCCGCGCCCAAAGAGCAAAGCCGAGACACUUGCUGAAGCCCUGGCACGCCCGUAUCACCAGUGCGGCGGCCAGUGCCCGUAGGCCUGUCCUUACAUGCAAUAAUAAUUACUUAUUUCUCCCAGUCCAGAUUUCCACUUUUAACGUUGCCCUUGCCUUGAGCUUUCCUUUCUUCCUUCCUUCUGCUUUUCUUCUCCUCAAAGAAGUUCCUCCUCCUCGCUCCAUCCAUAUCCUCAAACAGCAAAUAACACUACCUUUUGCAAUCAUGGCUACUUCUACCACCGUUUCCAUUCCAGCGGCCAUCACCAUCUCCAACUUAAGCUCCCGCCUCCGCCGUGGCGGUGAUGCUACUGUCUCCAGCAACAACGCGUUCCCUCAUCCGGACCAUGUUGACGCGAAAUACCACCUCCCAACUCCGCCGACCUCGAUCUCGCCUUCCCUUGCUCCGGUUCACAGGUUCAAACAGAGCUGCAGCGUAGGCGAUCGUCAGGGUGUAACAGACUCGGAUGUUGACGUCUCCGACAUAGGUGUUGGUGGCGUUUCUAAGCUCCCUACGACCGAAAGCCACAACCUGGGGCCACAGCUCUCAGAAGCUGCUGGAGCAAUCACCCCUGCUCUCUUGGCCAAGUACCAUUUGCCUGGGAUCUUGCUCCAACAUGGCCCUUUAGCUAUUCGUCAUGUAACAGCACAUCUAAUCUCAAACAUUCCGGGAUUUAGCACUAUUCCUCCAGCAAAGCAGAGGAGGCUUGUUGUUGGUGCUCUGGAGGGACGAGGGGGCGUCAGUGGCAGUGAGGGUGAAGCUGGGGGUGUAAAUGGGGACGUUAUUUUCGAGAAAGUUGGCUGGGGCCGGUGGGAUGCUAGGCUGAAGGACGAUCUGCCAAGGGAUCGUGAGGGAACUUCAUCAAGGGGGCUUUCACCAGCUACCUCAGUGCUAUCAACCUCGGUUUCAACAUAUGGGGCCAAGUCUAAUGGAAUGUUCCGAUCAAAUGGCUUUCUAUCGGCCACAUCUAUGAACCAUUCCACCAGCUACACCGGCGAAUCUGGAAUAUUCGUGCAGUCAGAAGAGGAGGCAUCAGAUCUUUCAGAAGAUCCUGAUACCAUGGAGCAAGAUGAGAACGAAGCUGAUAUGAUGUCCCUUGACGAACAAGCAUCAGAGGAAGAGGAUGCGGAUAUGACUGAUGAAGAGGAUUGGGCUCAAAUGGGUGCUGCGAUGCUUCGACGACAAGCUGGUUCCCCCGUAACAUCAGAUGGUUUUUUGAGCGGGUUUGCUGGGAGUCCAGCUGUUGGUUACGGAUCUAUGCCAACAUGGCAGGCAAAAGCUUCUAGCUUCUACAGUUCGAACGGAUACGACGACUCCACGGCGGCGUUGAGGGCACGAGAGGAGAGAGAAGCAGUUGAGGCGUUGGUUAAGCUCAGUUCUAUUUGA